CAUAUGCCUUGGAAAGUGAUAUGAGGUGCUUGGAAAUGGUUGAAGUAAUUGAAUAGGAGGAUCACUAUGACUAUAGCCCUUGGUAGAAUUCCUAAAGAAGAAAAUGAUCUAUUUGAUACUAUGGAUGACUGGUUACGAAGGGACCGUUUCGUUUUUGUAGGAUGGUCUGGCCUAUUGCUCUUUCCUUGUGCUUAUUUCGCUUUAGGGGGUUGGUUUACAGGGACAACUUUUGUAACUUCUUGGUAUACCCAUGGAUUGGCUAGUUCCUAUUUGGAAGGUUGUAAUUUCUUAACCACAGCAGUUUCUACCCCUGCCAAUAGUUUAGCACACUCUUUGUUGCUACUAUGGGGGCCCGAAGCACAAGGAGAUUUUACUCGUUGGUGUCAAUUAGGUGGUCUAUGGACUUUUGUAGCUCUCCACGGGGCUUUUGCACUAAUAGGUUUCAUGUUACGCCAAUUUGAACUUGCUCGGUCUGUUCAAUUGUGGCCUUAUAAUGCAAUCUCAUUCUCUGGUCCAAUUGCUGUUUUUGUUUCUGUAUUCCUUAUUUAUCCAUUGGGGCAAUUUGGUUGGUUCUUUGCGCCGAGUUUUGGCGUAGCAGUGAUAUUUCGAUUCAUCCUUUUCUUCCAAGGAUUUCAUAAUUGGACGUUGAACCCAUUUCAUAUGAUGGGAGUUGCCGGAGUAUUAGGUGCGGCUCUGCUAUGUGCUAUUCAUGGAGCGACCGUAGAAAACACUCUAUUUGAGGACGGUGAUGGUGCAAAUACCUUCCGUGCUUUUAACCCAACUCAAGCUGAAGAAACUUAUUCAAUGGUCACUGCUAACCGCUUUUGGUCCCAAAUCUUUGGUGUUGCUUUUUCCAAUAAACGUUGGUUACAUUUCUUUAUGCUAUUUGUACCCGUCACUGGUUUAUGGAUGAGUGCUAUUGGCGUAGUUGGCUUGGCUCUGAACUUACGUGCCUAUGACUUUGUUUCCCAGGAAAUCCGUGCAGCGGAAGAUCCUGAAUUUGAGACUUUCUACACCAAAAAUAUUCUUUUAAACAAGGGUAUUCGUGCGUGGAUGGCAGCUCAGGAUCAACCUCAUGAAAAUCUUAUAUUCCCUGAGGAGGUUCUACCACGUGGAAACGCUCUUUAAUGGAACUUUAGUUUUAGCUGGUCGUGACCAAGAAACCACCGGCUUUGCUUGGUGGGCUGGGAAUGCCAGACUUAUCAAUUUAUCCGGUAAACUACUUGGAGCUCAUGUAGCCCAUGCCGGAUUAAUCGUAUUCUGCGCCGGAGCAAUGAACCUAUUUUAAGUGGCCCAUUUCGUACCAGAAAAGCCCAUGUAUGAACAAGGGUUGAUUUUUACUUCCACACUUAGCUACUCUAGGUUGGGGAG